UCAAGUGGAAUGCCGGAAAUUUCUUUUGUUGACGAUCGUAGAUUUGUUUUUAGGCUUAUUUGAACUACGUUAACUUACCUUUUGUCUGUUAUCCAUUAUUUCAUUGAAUAGCGUUGCGUUAACAGUAGAGACAUCCAUUCUGUUUGACUGAAGGGUUUUGAUAGAGAAACCAAAUCAUUUUCUUCACCGUAGCCAGGCCCGAGGCUGGGCUAACGUUAGCCUAGCAUUCACGCAAGUCCUGCUAGCUAGCGUUAGCUUGUGUUAGCUGUCCCUCCAGCUGGACUAAAAAGGCAGCUGUUUACUCAUCUUUCAAGCGGGUGGCUAAAACAAACAUCCAGAAACCAUGGCAGUUGUCAAUGAAGGACAACUAAAGAAAAUGCUGAAGCAAUACAAAUACAGAGACCUGACUGUUCGUGAGAUAACCAAUGUCAUCUCCCAGUACAAAGACUUGAAGCCAGUUAUGGAUGCUUAUGUGUUCAAUGAUGGCUCCACAAGAGACCUGAUGAGUUUAACAGGAACAGUCCCAGUAAGCUACAGAGGCAAUGUCUACAACAUCCCAGUGUGUCUAUGGUUAUUGGACACAUACCCCUACAACCCUCCCAUAUGUUUUGUCAAACCUACCAGUGCCAUGAUGAUCAAAACUGGUAAACAUAUUGAUGCCAAUGGCAAGAUCUACCUGCCUUAUCUACAUGAGUGGAAGCACCCUCAGUCAGACCUGUAUGGUCUCAUUCAGGUGAUGAUUGUGGUAUUUGGAGAGGAGCCUCCUGUGUUUUCUCGCCCCACCGCUCAAAACCCUUAUCAAGCCUUUCAAGCUGCUGGACCCCCUAACCCUUCCUACAUGCCUGGCAUGCCUGCGGUCUCGCCCUAUGGACCAAAUCCAAACCCAGGAGGCUAUCCAGGUUACCAAUAUCCCACUGGCAACUCUUACCCAGCCACUGCUGGCCCUGCACACUACCCUACUCAGACUCCAGUCUCCACUGUGGGUCCGAGCAGAGAUGGCACCAUUGGUGAGGACACCAUCCGUGCAUCCCUGAUUUCAGCUGUAAGUGACAAACUUCGCUGGAGGAUGAAGGAGGAAAUGGACAGAGCUCAGGCAGAGCUGGAUGCUCUGAAACGAACAGAGGAAGACCUCAAGAAGGGACAUCAGAAACUCGAGGACAUGGUCUCAAGACUGGACCAGGAAGUGACCGAGGUUGACAGAAACAUUGAGUUGCUGAAGAGAAAGGACGAGGAGCUAAGUGACGCCUUGGAGAAGAUGGAGAACCAAUCGGAGAACAAUGACAUUGAUGACGUCAUUGUGCCCACAGCUCCACUGUACAAGCAGAUCCUGAACCUGUAUGCUGAGGAAAAUGCAAUUGAGGACACUAUCUUCUACCUGGGAGAGGCCCUCCGCAGGGGCGUCAUAGACCUGGAGGUUUUUCUCAAGCACGUACGCCUUCUGUCCAGGAAACAGUUCCAGCUCCGUGCCCUCAUGCAGAAAGCCCGCAAGACUGCUGGCCUUAGUGACCUCUACUGACCCACACUGACUACCUGGAAACAUUCAUAUCUCCAUGCUUUUUUGCUCUCUUGUCUUCCCCCUCUGUUUUAUUCCCUUUUGAAUGUCUUCUUGUAGUUCAAACAUCCAACCUCAUUAUUCAUUUCCUAAUAAAAAUCUGUUCUUCUGAGACAGAAAUCUGAAUAGCAAUGAUGGAGAAUAGUUGAAAAUACAAAAUCUAUGAAGAAUGAAUUCCGACCGGUGUGAUCACAGCUCUAGUACGACAUAACACAUAUGAGAUCAGUUUGGGUUUGCAGGUUUUCAUGACCCACAAAUGACAGUUACUUUUUUGCCUCAAUAUGAUAUAAAAAGUCACCAUGUUAUACAGCAGUUACUGCGGUUGACACAAAAAGAUGCUUAACACACGUCAUACUGGUAAAAGUGAGGUAUGAGACCUCUGUGUGACAGUGACUGAGGGUUUGAUUGGGUUGGCGUGCAGAGUGAGCUAGUGUGUCGACCUGUAUAUGCUGCACUCGAGGAUAGCCCACAGGUUCUGUUAACCAUCCAUUUGCUAGACAAAGUCUUUUGGCUAGUAAGCACAAAUUGUUAGGGGCCGGUAAAGUAGGGCUUUGUAAAGGGCUCUGUAUGUCCUAGUGAAAAGGUUAGGCUCUGAUAUAAAUACCCAGGGCAACCUUUCAGUAAGGUUAGGGGUCAGUCUCAUGAUUUAUUGCUGUGUAAGGUCUGGGUCACAUAGCCAUUGAGUCACUUUUUAUACAGUAGAAGUGAUGAUUAACCUAAACCUUGUGUCUUCACUGUCUUGCUUGGGUCUGUUAUGGUGCUAGAUUUGAGCUCCCAUGGCACUUGUCCACGCUAUGUUUUUCCCUGUCCUAUGUGCAUCUCUUUAUGCUAGUGUGUGUGAGGUUCUUUCAUUGUAUGUCAGCUGCUCAGGUCCACACUCCAGUUUGACUUCUAGGCUGCGUCAACCAGUCAAUCAUGUACAUUAGUUGUUUUACUCUCUGUUUGAGGUGGAUGACAGUCUUGACAUAAUUAAUUCUAAGGUGUUACAAAGGAAAUUCUGUAUUUUUCUCUUUCUUCUCUGUUUUCCUUGUGCUGUCUACUCAUUCUCAGCUCUGAUGAGAAGUUUAGGUUUUCAGUGAAAUAAAGGAAAAGGGUGUGUAUAAAGCGCGACUGUUGGAGGGUACAAAAAGAACUAUUGUACUAAUCAAAAUUUAACUUAUGUAAUAUUUGCGAACAGGUCUCAUUUAAAUUAGCCUUUUACUAAAUGCACUUUGAAUUGUAUGAUAGAAUAUCUACUGUUAUUUUUUUCUUGUUUUCAUUUCAACCAUAGACCACCAGUUCUUUUAUAUCUGUAGAUUUAUGUAAAUCAGUUAUAAUAAAAUAAAUCUGAUUUAAUGGCUCA